ACCCACCACUUCCACCACUUCAACGUCGACAACUACAAAAUCAUACCCUUUCUACAUCCCAUCUCCUCAACAAAUUCUCUUACCAGAAAACCUUUUCGCGUUCUUUGUUCGCAUCACUAAUAUCUAAGAACACUUUAAAAUAAGUUCUAUAUGUACAAUACGAUGGCUUCACCGUGGAGCUCGAAUAUUCCACCGCCUCCAGGUACGACAGGCUCGUAUGGCUAUCAGCAAGGUGAGAAUCCGGCACCAGCAAUACUUUUUAUUCCAGUAAUCUAUCACAGUUUUCUAACAAAUAUUACAGUUCCACCGAUAGUUGCCCCAGCUUAUCAUCCAGUGCAAGUCCGACAAUCAUUUAAUCAAGCCCCACCCAUAAUUUAUAACCCAGCAGUAAUUCCCCAGCAACCACCCCCUCACUCAAUACCUCCUCCUGUCCAAAAGAAGAGGGACUGGCCACAGUCCGUUCGUAGCUAUGUUCAACGUUCAUUUGAUGCCGUACAUGCCAUCGACGGCAUUGAGCGCACAGAUAUGGAAAACAUGUUAAAAAAGACCAUCACCGAGGCAUCCGAUACCGAUACACUUUACAGUCGUGAUUGGGAUAAUUAUCCACUUCCUCAACAGUUAAUUCAAAACGAGCGAUCAAAGGCAGCAGCGGCAUGGCAGCAGGAAUCUCUAAACUUUCAACUAGCUUCAACCGGCUUUACGAAUUCGGGAAAGAAGAGAAAGUCUAUAGAAGGAAGCAGUGAUGAGAAUCUCACCGCAACGCCGCCGUGGCGUGCUAAUAAUCGCACUGGAAAUGAUGACCGUACCAAUGUAACACCUUCCAAACAACGUUUCGAUAAACGACAACAACCGUUCCAGGACGAGCUCUCUUAUAAAGGUACAAGUAAGUUUCAGAAAAACCUUGAGAAGCGACAAAAGCGAUUUGACGGUGGCUAUAAAUCUACCCACAAAUCUAAGACGCCGACACCCGAGCCUAUGAUGGGUCCUUUGAUUGGUACGAAUACAUCGUUAGAGAAGGAAUAUUUCCGUUUGACUACUGCACCCGUGGCUUCACAGGUUCGCCCUGAGUACAUAUUAAGGGAGACACUAGAUCUUUUGAAAAAGAAGUGGAAAAAGGAAGGGAACUAUUCUUACAUCUGCGAUCAGUUCAAAUCUAUGCGUCAGGACCUUACGGUUCAGCGCAUUAAAAAUGAGUUUACUGUCACUGUCUACGAAAUCCACGCACGUAUCGCACUAGAAAAGGGGGAUCUCGGUGAGUAUAAUCAAUGUCAGACCCAAUUACGGGCUCUUUAUGCCCAGAAGAUUGGAGGGAACCCAGUGGAGUUCAAGGCAUAUCGUAUCUUGUAUUUCAUUCACACAGCUAACCGCACUGCACUAAAUGAUGUCAUUGCGGAUCUAACUACAGUAGAGAAAGAAUCGGAAGCAGUAAGACACGCCCUGAGUGUACGUUCGGCAUUAGCAUUAGGAAACUAUCACAAAUUCUUUAGACUUUACCUCGAUACCCCGAACAUGGGAGCUUAUCUUAUGGAUAUGUUUGUCGCCCGAGAACGCCUAGCUGCUCUGUCAAAAAUUUGCAGAACGUAAGUUAACCCAUCUAAAUUGCUCGUAAGAUUAACUAACACAUUUUAGUUACAAACCUGAGGUCAAAUUAAGGUUCGUCACGGAAGAACUAGGAUUCGAGUCCGAUGGCGAUGCUGCUCAAUUCAUCUGUGACCACAAUGGACAGGCUUUAUUAGUGGAGAAAGAUGGCGACCUUCGAUUCCUUUCUGGCCAAGCCGGCCAGAUUUUUGAGAACGCAAAAGCUGAAGCCUUCCGCGCGAUUGAUAUCAAGGGCCAGAUUUAACACUUUUAUACCUUUCGACUUGCGUCAUAUUCUGCCAUCUCUUCGUCUUUUUCGUCAUUUUCUUUCUCCCUGGUUAUGUCAAGGCAGUCUCAGCUCAAACCUAUAUGAUUUGAUUCUUCUGGUUGGCCUUCUUCGCUCAUGAAACAAUGUGCGGGUCUAGAUGACUGCUCGUUCCGUUUUCAUCUACUCUUUCACAGAACGAAUCUUCGAGUCGAUCAAGAGCAGACCUGAGUUUUCUUUUUUCCCAUUCUCCGAUUUCGAACGACAUAAAUCCUUUGCACAGUUACAAUUUCCUUUUUCUUUAAUGCAUGGUGAAUAUCUAGGUGGAGUUGUGGUUUUGGUGCAUGGGCGUAGAGGAGUGAGUGCUAGCCAUUCAUGGUAAGCACAGUUGGGUCAAGAGUUCGAGGGUUCUUGCAUGGUGCCAGUGGGAGGGAGCAUCUGAUACAUUACUGGAUGACGUGAUGGACAAUUAAGUGUGCAUCAAUUGGCGGUAUCCGCCUUUCAUGUAUCUUGUUGGCUUUUAAAACCCUCGUAGAUCUGUAUAUAUUCUACUAGAGACGAGGGUUUACAUCAAGUAGUACUGACAAAAGUUUGCGAAAUAGCUGGAUACAAAUUUUCAUGA